AUGGGUACAGGGAAGAAAAAAAUAGAGAUCGAGAAAAUCAUGAAGGAAACUUCUAGAAUGGUCACAUUCUCAAAAAGACGUAAAGGGCUUUUUAAAAAAGCUAAAGAACUUGAAUCUAUGACGGGUUCUCGUGUUGCUUCGGUUGUUUUUUCACCAACCGGAAGGCCUUAUACUUGUGGAGACGUUAAUUCCGCUAUAAAACAACAUUUUUCUACUACUAGAUGUAGGGAAUUAUUAACUUCAGAUUGUGGAGACAUUAAUUUCGCUAUAAAACCGCAUUUUGCCAGUACUAGAUGUAUGGAAUUAUUAACUUCAGGACUGAAUUCUCAUGAUUCCGAUUCUGAUUCCGAUGAUGUUGUUUUUGAUGUAUCUUUGGGAUCAAAAUCAUCAUCAACCCCGAAGAGGAAUGGUCUCCGCUGUUGGGUGGAGGGUAUAGAUGUUGAACAAUAUCAAAAUUUGAAUCAACUCUUAAUGUUGAAGCAACAGUUGGAAGGAACGAGAGAAAAGAUCGCUUCCAUUGAAGAGCUUGAAUCGUUUGAAGCUUUGUUUGUUUAA